AUGAAGUGUUUUGAUCAUGCUGAGUUUGUACAGGCUGUACUUGAGCUUGUUCCUGGCAUCGGGACAAGGUUGGUCUUGGAUAUAGUAGGGGUGAUUGAGGAUGAUGAACCAGCAGGAGAGGAGAUGCUAGUUGAGGAGGAUGUUUCUUCUUCCCCUUCAGAACAUGAGCAAUCAUUACCUUCUUCUACAGCUUUUGAUAAUCCUCUUGUUUCUUCUCGUCCCUCACUUGAUGUUAAGAAGCCAGAUGGUGCAAAUCAAAUAGACCUAGAAGCUUUGCUUGCUUUCAAAGACGGGAUAAGUGAUGAUCCUUUUGAGGUGUUGAGCUCAUGGAAUGAUUCUGUACAUUUUUGCCAGUGGCGGGGUGUGAUAUGCAGUACCAGACACCAACGAGUCACUACCUUAAACCUGUACCACCAGAAACUAAAGGGCUCCAUGUCGUCCUACAUUGGAAAUUUGAGCUUUCUUCACCAAUUGGUUAUUGAUAACAAUAAUUUUACCGGAAAAAUUCCUCAAGAACUCGGAGGCCUAAAGAGAUUAAGAAUUUUGUGGUUAAGGAACAAUUCACUUGAUGUGAAAAUCCAUCCAGCCUUUCUAAUUGCUCUAGUCUCGUGGAAAUCCAGUUGUCUUGAAACUGUCUAG